AUGACGUCUAAUAAGGGUCUUGACGUUGAUGCUAUUCAGGCUGCUCCGCCCGUGGUGCAGAACCAUGAUGACGAUGAUAAGAAGCCUGUUCUCAACACGGGAGGCCACGGGCCUACGCAGCGAAGGCUGAAGGACUAUCACAUCACUUGGAUUGGUCUUUGCAGUGGUAUCGGUACUGGUCUGUUUAUUGGAACUGGUUCUGCUUAUGCCAGUGCUGGCCCUGCUGGUUUGCUUCUGGCGUACAUCGUCGUUGGAGCUGUCCUUUGGUGUGUUAUGCAGAGUAUCUCUGAGCUUGCGACACUGUUCCCUACUGCUGGUUCAUUCCCUCAUUGGGCUACCCGCUUCAUUGACCCUUCAGUCGGCUUUUCAUUGGCCAUCUCAUACGGUUACUGCUAUACCAUCGCCAUUGCCUCCGAAUGCUCAGCCGCCGCUGUUCUCGUCAGCUACUGGACCGAUCUCACUCCCGCCGUCGUCAUCACCAUCAGUCUGGUUCUCAUCCUCUGGAUCAACUUGAUGAGCGUCCGAUUCUUUGGUGAGACAGAAGUCGUCACUGGUGGCAUCAAGGUCCUCUGCUUCCUCGGUCUCGUCAUUGUCGCGAUUGUCAUCACUGCCGGCGGUGGUCCCAAUCACAAGUCCAUUGGCUUCAAGUACUGGAACAACCCUGGCGCUUGGGUCGACUACAAUGGCAUCACUGGCUCAACUGGUCAUUUCCUCGGCUUCCUGUCAGCCUUUGUCAACGCUUCUUUCUCAUUCGUUGGUGUUGAGACCGUUGUCAUCACCGCCGCCGAGUCCGUCAACCCUCACAAGGCUAUCCCCAAGGCCGCCAACCGCGUCACCUACCGUAUCGGCUUCUUCUACGUCCUCGGAGCGCUCUUGAUUGGUCUCAUCGUCGAUCCAAGGAAUGCUGACCUUGUUUCUGGUUCUGGAAACGCCAAAAGCUCGCCAUGGGUCAUCGCCAUCCAGACCGCCGGUAUCAAGGUCCUCCCUUCCAUCGUCAACGCCUGUAUCCUGGUCUCUGCCUGGUCCGCUGGUAACUCCUACUGCUGGGUUGGCUCACGUAUGAUCCUCGCCAUGACUACCGAUCGACAGCUCCCUCAGUUCUUCGCCCGCACCACCAAGAACGGUGUCCCUUACGUUGCAGUCAUCACUGCCUGGUUGUUUGGGCCCUUGGCGUAUCUGAGUCUUGGUUCUGGUGGCGCUGCUCAAGCUUUCUCUUGGCUUCUCAACCUCAGCACAGUCGCGGGCCUCAUCGCAUGGGGAACUCUCUGCUUCUGCUACAUCCGCUUCUACCGCGCCAUGAAGGUUCAAGGCAUCGAUCGCAACACCCUUCCUUGGAAAGCCCCUUGGCAGCCUUACACCGCCUGGUUCGGCGGCAUUGGCUCUAUCGUCAUCACGCUCGUUGCUGGAUUCCCUGUCUUCCUCAAGGGCAACUGGAAGACUGCCGAUUUCGUUGCGUCUUACGUUGGCAUCCCAAUCUUCAUCGUUCCCAUCAUCGCAUGGAAGCUUUAUUACCGCACCAAGGUUCUGCGAGCCCACGAAAUCGACUUGUGGUCUGGUCGUUUAUCCGACGAUGCCAUCUCAGCCCAUGACACUGAGCGGGAGCAUGUCUAA